GUCACUGUGAGAUCAGGACUUAACCAUUGAGAGACUGGGAUCCAAACACAGUCAAUCUAUGGUCAAGGAUGUCCAAGUCCAGAGAAGAAUACAACAGCUUCACAUGGUAGCUGUCCAGCUGCCACUUCUGUGCCCCUCUGACCUGGGGAGCAGGACCUUGGCUCUUGGACCAUCUUUGUUCUCUGGCUGGAGCUGGUGGGACAGUUGCCGAUGCCCUAACUGUGGUAAACUGGUGGUCACUGGCAUGCCCAGCCUCUGCCUUAAACCCUCCACAUCUCCAAGAACUUGAGGCUGAGAGGCAGAAGCCUCAACUGUACCACCUGUGAAUGGAACAGUGUCCCUCACCAGCUGCUAGCCCAGGUUCCUUCAGCUGUAGGGACCAGCAGGAUGACUCUACAGGUAAAGGCACUUACUGCGGAGCCAGGUGGCCUGAGUUUGAUUACUGGGAUGCAUGCUGGGACACCCUGCCCCUCCACUAGACAGAGGAGAAAGUUUCCAUUCUGUUUUCUUCAGUCUCCCUGUAGGUGGACUCCGGUAACUGGAGCCUGGCCGGAUGUGCUUUGGGGUUAUAAAGCCUCACUUAGCUUUCUGGGCACCUGUUCCAUUGCAGUGAUUUUCUCAGGUGACUAGUCUUUUCAAAGGCUCAGAAACACUGGAGCAGCCCAGGACAGUGGAGGGCGGGGCCGUGGGGCUCCAUUCCAUAGUCUCCUGGCCUAGAAUUACACCCCUGAGAUCAGCUGACCCAUGGGAGGUGUGGGUUCUGGUGAAAGGGCAAAACCAAGUCCUUUGUCACCCAAGGGAUGACUCCUCACGUACUGCCUAACAGCCUCAGAGAGAUUUCUAAUCUCAGAGUGAAAAGCUCCCUCCACUUGACCAUGCCUUCUUUUUCCACCCACCUCUACCUGCCUAGCUAGAGGCACAUCCCCUAGCCUGGCUGCUGUGUGCCAUGCCUAAUGCUGGGAUUUCGGUGCUCCUUAUAAACAUGGAGAAACAGGACCAUCUUGCCCAGGAUCCCAGGUGAGGGGUGGGGUUCCUUGCCACGUUUAAGUUGCUGACAGAUGUUUCAGAACCCCAGACUCCUGCCACAGCAGCUCCAGGCCAUUCGCCAUUGUUGGGGACCCCCAGAGACAGCUCAAGCAGGCCUCUGCUACCUCCUCCAGCACCAGAACAAGUGGGCACUCCUUCCAGCCUGACAGAAGUGCAUCCAUUGUUAUUUAGGUCAGCAACAUUCCCGAUGGAGGUCGGUGUGAGGGCUGCUCUGGGACUCUCUCUCACCGGCAUGUCUGGCCUCAGCCUCAUCUCCCCCGCCUGGUUCCAGAGCCUUUCCUCCUCUUAUGGUAUCUUUACCUACUGCUCCUGGCCACCAGGUGACUGCUGGAACCAAAGCUGUGUGACCUUUGGGUCAUUGAAGGACAUGCCCAGCUUGGCCUGGAAGGUCUCAGCUGCAACACUUCUGGGAGGCUGGCUUUUGCUGUCAAUCAGCGCUCUUCUCCUCUCAGCCUGGGCACUGGCCCCCCGAAGGUUGUUUGCCAGGACGGGCUUUGGUCCGACACCGGUGGUGCAGGCGGCAGCAGCAGUCUCCAUGCUUGUAGGUCUGCUGGUUUUUCCAGCCACUCUGGCUUCCCCAUUUGCCAAAGAAAUCUGUGAAGGCUCCUCCAUGUACCACAGCGGAGCAUGCCGGCUGAGCUGGGGCUAUGCCACUGCUAUCCUCAACAUGGUCCUGACCAGCCUGCUUGUCAUCAGGUGGCAAGUGACCACAGUCCAGAGAGCAGCCGUCCCCUUCUCCAGUGAGACUCAGAGAGCCAUCCUUGUGCCAGAAUAAGGAAAUGAGUGUCACCCAGGGAAAGCAAAAGACAAACAACAAUCUCUACAGUCGAAUGAAAUUGCUACACACUCAGGUUCAUAUCCCACCUUAUCUGCUACCAUGCUGUGUGACCUCAGGCAAGUCAGUUUCCCUUUCUGGACUCAUUUACUCUUUGGUACAGUGGGGUUGGCAUAAUGCCUACUUUGUGGGGGUGUCAUGAAGGACUUUGAUUUGCCAUGAGUUAUGACCCAUUGUGUGCUGGAAGCUGCUCCCAGCUGGGUGGGGCUCAGGACCCUUUCCCACAGUCCAUGUAAGUAAAGAACUGAUGAAUAGAGGAGAAAACUGUGCUGCUUCUGGGAGCUUGGAGGCCUUCCAUCUGGCUCUGAUGCCUGUCUAUGCUUCUCUUUGUCCGUGAUGUUUUCAUGUUGAUUGUCACCGUGACAGGACCAGGAAUCACCUCAGAAAGCAGUCUCCGGGCAUGCCAGUGAGAGACUUUCCUCAUUGGGUUGACAGAGUCAGGGAGACUCACUUGAAUGGGCAGCAGCAUUCAUGGGCUGGGGUCCUGGUCUGCAUGACUUGAGAAACAGAGGCACCAGCACUCAUGACUUCGUAACCGAGGACACGACAUGACCAACUGCCUCGUGCUCCUGCGGCCAUGUCUUCCCUCCAAGACAGACACUGUACCCUCAAACUUUGAGCCAGGACCAGCCCCCAGGGACCACUGCUCUAAACUUGAUCCAGAUCCAGAGUCACCUGGAAGAAGUUUGUUGGGGAUCAUCUUGUUUGUAUUGAAGGAUGAGGGAGGACUGACCACAUGGUUAGUACCACUCCCUUGGCUGGGAUCCUGUAUAAAGGAGAAAGCAAGGCGGGUACCAGUGUUUUUUGCUCUCUUUUCUUUACUGGGGAUAUGGCAUGACCAGCUGCUGCAAGCGCCUGCCACCUAGUCUCCCCCACCAUGAUGGACUGUGCCCUGGAACUGUGAACUAGAAGAGAGCCCUUCCCCCUUAAUUUGGUUUCUCCUGGUAUUUUAUCACAGCAAUAGGAAAAGAAGCUGAGACACGGAUCUUUCAGCCUCCGUGCCCAGACCCUAGCCAAAGGCAUUCUGGGUGUUAUCAGAGGAGACAUUAAUGUAGUUGGUGAACUGGGGGAGCUUCUAUGAAGACAUAUUCUGCUACAAAAGGGGGGACUACAAAAGGUGGAAUAUACCUUGACUUCACAGGGUUCUCAAUUUUCUCUUCGAACCAUCCCAGCAACUCCAGGGGUGGCUUCAGCGCAAGAAGCAAAGGCCUUCCUCUAGCCUUCCUGAGCAUGCAUACUCUACACACUAGCCUCUCUCUGAGACCCUGAGGCCACAUAUAAUCAGAGUAGAACUGGGCACAACUGGUUGUGGGAGGAAUGGCUAGAUACAGGGGUGAGGGACCCAUGACCCAGUGAGUCACACACCCAGGGUGAAAAUGCUCAUGGCUGUGUGUAUGGCCAUGGGGGCCUUUGUUUUCAUGUCAGUCGUCCACAAGUCCUGCUGAGAAGAUCUUCACAAGUGGGCACAACAGACUCAAUGAGGAUGGUGGCUGGUAGGCUUGGAGGGUAAUACUGUAGAACUGCAGCAGAGAUGAAAUCCUGUCUCCAAACUGUAGGCAGGGGCAGACGAUCCCUGCUCAUUUGGCAUUGUGAGACGGUCCUGUCUGUUUCUACCCUUCCUUUACAUCUUGGGAUACAAAAGUCUCAUUGGGCACUACUGUGUCUUCAAUGCCUCUCACACCCUUUCUCCAAUUGCAAUUGCUGUGUGUGUGUGUGUGUGUGUGUGUGUGUGUAUGCACGCGCGCACGCUCACACACGUUAGGGUAGUCAGCCUGGAGUGCUGGUCCUUGGGUAUUAUGAUGGUUUGAUUAUGAGUUGUCCAUGGGAAGUGGCCCUAUUAGGACAUGUGGCCUUGUUGGAGUCUUGUGCGCGCCGGACUGGCCAGCA